CGGGCGUGUGCUCUUCCGUCGCGAUGGAAUCGUUCCUUCGAAGGACGAGAGCUUCACGUGAGCAUCCGACAUUACGAUUCGUUCGCGUUCGCGGAAAGUUCUUUAUCGAAAGGACCCUCAAUGCUCGCCCAGAACAAUGUGUGUGGUGCACGUUGUGCGGGAAUAUCCUUUGUCGUCGUCGCGAUUGUGCCCACUUCCGUGGGAAUUCGCGGAACGGAAGUGCAAUUUCUGGCUGGUACGAGUCGGUGGCCAGCUUCCAGGCCGCGAAAAAAGGGCGAUCUUUAAAGAAACGAUGCCAGGUGCAGAGCUGCUCGCGCCUUCUCACAAAUACUCCGUGCAAGUUCGACGAAACCGUGAUACUCGUGGUAUCGGCCCUUCAACCCACGAACGAACACAUCCCACGUACAGAGAACGACAUACGUCGUACACGUCAGGAUGCAGGACGACGAUGCGCGACGGCAUAGGUCGGCAAAGAUACAUCUGUACCGCUGGGUGAAGAUAUUCGUGGCGUGAGAGAUCACGAUGUUCAGCGGAGCCGACUCGCGUAUUAAGGUCACAACACAACGAACUCCACGGAAUAGUGACCGCUUGCUCCGGGACAGAUGUUUCAUCUCGCGCGGGACUUGCGCCUAACGAGUUGCAGUAAACACACGAGUAUCAUAACUCCAAGCACGCGCGCCUGGAAUUACUACUCUUUGUUCAAGGCAGGAAAG